ACGCCCAUGUUCUCCUGUUCUUCGCAAUGUUGUUUAUAACCGGUAGAUCUUUCCUAGCGCGGUUUUCCUUAGAUAUAUCCAAAAAUGCUAAGCCAAUUGGACUUAUAGCCAACUAUUGCCAGGCAGCCACUGCCCUGCGUCCAAAGAAGCCGAAAUCCACCCGAAAAGAGGCGCAGUACUUUUCCGAUGCCAAGAGGAUUCGCGCCAUCGGCGGAAAAGGCGGCGAUGGCUGCGUGUCCUUCCUGCAACUGUGGUGCAACGAGAGGGCCGGUCCGGAUGGCGGCGAUGGUGGCCAUGGCGGCCAUGUAGUGUUCCAGGCCUCCAACGAUGUGCGCAACUUCAACCACGUGGACAGUAUACUGAAAGCAGAGGAAGGAGAGCGGGGUGGCUCCAAGGAUUGCCAUGGCAAGAAUGCUAAGCAUGCUGUGAUCAAGGUGCCCAUUGGAACCGUUAUCAGGAAUGCCCAGGGACUCAUUGUGGGGGAUCUGGGCCAGGCGGACCUCAUGUUUGUGGCCGCUCGAGGUGGAGCCGGUGGCAAGGGCAAUCGCUUCUUCACCACGGACAAGGAAACCAGUCCGAAGGUUUGCGAAUAUGGCCCCAAUGGCGAGGAUCUCUCCUACACCCUGGAACUGCGCAGCAUGGCAGAUGUCGGCUUAAUUGGCUAUCCAAAUGCGGGCAAGAGUACCCUGCUUAAUGCCCUGACCCGGGCCAAGCCAAAGGUGGCUCCGUAUGCAUUCACCACGCUGCGUCCUCAUCUUGGCACCGUGCAGUACGAUGACCACGUUCAACUUACCAUCGCCGAUCUUCCCGGACUCGUGCCCGAUGCCCAUCGCAACAAGGGCCUGGGAAUUCAGUUCCUGAAGCAUGCCGAGCGUUGCACUCUGCUGCUGUUCGUCUUGGACGCCAGUGCUCCGGAGCCCUGGACACACUACGAGCAGCUCAUGCACGAGCUGCAGCAGUUUGGCGGUCGCCUAGCGAGUCGCCCGCAAUUGGUGGUGGCCAAUAAACUGGACGUGGAGGAGGGACAAAGUAAUUUCGAGGAGUUGCAGCGCCGACUACAGAAUCCCGUGCUGGGCAUCAGUGCCAAGAUGGGUCACAAUCUGGGACAACUACUGAACAGCAUACGCAAAGGAUACGACCGCCAUAAGGACCAGUCCAAGAACUCCAGUUAAAAGCUUAUGUUUUAGUUGUUUUCGAUUGUUAUUUAUAAAUUAAAAUGUAAUCUUAUAAGCUA